CAUGAGCGGUUUACGAGCCCACCUCGCUGGUCGUCUCCGCAGCUCGUCCCUGUCGGCCGUACCCCCGCGCCCCGAAUCGGCGGACUAUUCUCCAGACCUCGCUCGACAUGCCGCAAGCAUCCUCUUUCGAACGCCUAUUUUGUCCAAGGAGCAAAGGCCAAUCUACAUUCUGAAUGCUGCCGCAUUGCCGGAUACCAAGGAGGAGAACUUCGACUCUCUCCUACCUUAUGUGCUUGACCGGCUCCCAGAAGAGGAUGACCUGGUCAAAGGGUUCGAAUAUGAAGUCAUAUUGUUCGCUGGGGACUCCGAUGGCUCGCCCACAAACAAGAAGAACAGGCCGGGUUGGAGUUGGUUCCUGCAGGCCUACAAUGUUUUGUCACGAGCCAUGAGGAAACGCCUGCAGAAGCUGUACAUUGUCCACGAAAAGGCCUGGGUUAGGAUCCUGACCGAAGUUUUUUCCACCAUUGUCAGCCCCAAAUUCAGGAGAAAGAUCAUACACGCCUCAACUCUAAGUAAUCUUGCAUUACACAUAUCUAUCGAGGAUCUCCUCAUCCCUCCCUCGACCUAUCUCUACGACCGUCGUGUCUCCGAGGACAUCUUUGCCCCGUACAUUACCGGACGGCGUGCCUUUGCUGCUCCUCACCCACUUCCAAAAGAUACCAAAGGACAGCCACGAUUACCCCGGAUUCUACGCGAAACUAGCAGCUUUUUGCUUAUGGGACAGAAUGUCAAACAGGAAGGGCUGUUUCGCAUACCGGCACAUGCUAAACUGCGCGAUGUCUUAAAAGAGGCGUAUGAUCGCGGACAGAAAUACAUUAUCUGGAAAGACAACGGAGAGACACUGCCCCUCCCUCACUAUCCUGAUGCUGAGCAACAAGACGAAAUUAUCGCCGAAUUGGACUCUAGAGAUGCGUACAGUGUAUUCAUGGCAGCCGCACUGAUCAAAGCAUGGUAUGCGAACCUCCGGCAGCCUAUCUUCACUCCCGCUGCAUACCGUGACAUGAAACGCUUGCAUGGAGAUCCAGAUGACUUGCCCGGACUGGAGCGCCUGACCGAGCUCUUGUCGCCCACUUCCGAAUGGUCGUUCCUACCCCCUGUUUCUCGCGAAAUUCUCAUACGACACCUGCUUCCUCUUAUGAGCGCUGUUACAGCUCAUGAGGAGGACAACAAGAUGACAGCCGAGAAUCUGGCAGUGUGCGUCGCACCUGCUCUGUUGUGCGGCCCGGACCAACUUGAAGAUGCGAAGAUGUCGUCAAUUGUGCGAAGAAUUCUAACCGAGGCCAUUGAGUUAUGGCCCCAGGGCUUGAGGGAAGCUUGCGGCCAGACGAGAGAGACUUUUGAGCAUUCGUUGGAACUGCCACAGAACGAGGCCGACUGGGAAGAUCCUCUCGAGGGUAAGGUGCCAGGCGACGAGAGGAAGUCGUGGGAUGAGUACCAGUCUUCUGGAAUCAUUCUCCAGGAUAACGACGACCUGCAAGGCACAGAAAAGAAAUCUGACCAGCCACCUGCUCUACCUCCUCGUCUGGCAGCAGCCACAGGUCGCUCCGCAGGCGAUCAAAUCACCAAACGGAAGCCCGUUCCUCCCCUUCAAGCACCCCCCCGUUACUCUACUAUCAUUUCGGGUUCCCCCGUAGAUGGUACUGUAUCCCCCACCACCCAAGCCGCAACUACCGAUGGAUUCAGUCCAAGGGGAACGGGACAGUAUAGCGGCGAUGUAAAGGUCACACAGGAUGAGAAGAAGUCCGGUACGAAUUUCGUCGAUUCCUCACCGCCUUCUACAAUUGUUCUUCCUAAGAGGAAAGCCCUGACCACUGACCAGAUUAACAAUGCCGACCUUGCCGAUUUAGAAUUACAGGCUCGCAAAUUGUCGAUGCAGUUGGAGACGAACGUGGAGAUAUCCCGAGCGCCUCCCACGGGCGCGCAGAGAGGCCGGGCUCUGCCUGGGCUCGCAAAUCUUAAUACUGGCAAUCCGAAGCCUGCACCACCGCUACCUUUCAAGCGAAAAGCAGUAGGUUCGACUGCUGCGUCUCCUACAUCGUCCACUCCUUCUCCCUCCAACACCUCACCAACCAUUAUAACCCCCGCCCCAGUCCCCGAGUUUCGUCGUCCAAGUCUGCCCGCUUCUGCAAACCGGGCACCAUCCAUUAAUUCGCUCGCUCGCCCAGUCUAUCCCGUUGUCAAUCCGGUUACUAAUCGGCCACCUUCCAAAUCCACUUCUCUUCCAGUGCCGGGACCAAAGCCGCGGACGCCAUCUCCUGCCCUACUGCAACGAAUGCCGUCUUUCGAGGGCACUAAGAAAGAUACUCAUCUGGCACCCCCAACUGUACCUCGGAAACUCAAUACUAAGAAGAAGUCUGUUGACGAUCUCCGGAGACUGUAUGAGGAGAGGGUAGGGACAGCAAAUGCCCUUGUCGCGGCCGGUCGACCAAAGUAG